AUGGCAGUGGUAACGUCAACACCAUACAACAUACUUGGAAUAAAAAAUGAUGCUAACGAUUAUCAUAUACGUGUAGCAUAUCGUGAAAAAAUUCAUCAAUACAAAAACGAUCGGCUUCAACAUCCUAAAAAUCGUAAGAUUACAGCAGAAAAUUUUCGACUUAUUUGUCGUGCUUAUGAAACAUUAUCUGAUCAUGAUAAACGUAAGAGAUACAAUCAAGAUGGAAAAUGGGUUAGAGACAUAUCUUUAGAAGAAUAUACAUUACAACAAUUAGCUGCUGAACCUGAACUUGUAGAACAAUUGAAAACUCGUUUACAAAAUGCUACAUUAAAGGAUAUAAAUGCACAAAAUCCACAAACACGACAUACAGCACUUUAUUGUGCUGCACGUGCUGGCAAUGUAGAAGCUGCCUAUUAUUUAAUAGAACAAGGAGCUGAGCCUGAUCUGUCACAGAGAACAGGAAGUACAGCUCUACAUGUAAGCGCUUUUUAUGGACAUCCUGAAAUUGUUCGUUGUUUAUUAGAAUGUGGAGCCGAUUAUCGAAAAAAAAAUUCUGGGAAUAGCACAGCCGAAGAUGAAUCUUAUGGAGAUGCUGUCAAACAAGCGUUCAUUGUUUUGAAAAACACGCCUUUUGUACAAGCAGCUGCCGAUCGACUUGAUUGGUUUAAGAAUAAUAUUGAUAAUAUGAAGCAACAUAUCGAUGAACAAUAUCAUGUACAACGACAAACAUUACUUCAUUGUGCUAGUAAAAAAGGUUACAUAGAUCUUGUUCGUUGGUUAGUCGAAGAACGCUCAGCCAAUCUAGACAUUGUUGACUUCAAUUUAAAUUCAGCUUUACAUCUUGCAGCUCAUAGUGGACAUAUAUUGGUUGUAGAAUAUCUUAUUAAUCAAGGUGCUAAUCCACUUUUAUUUAAUAAAUCUUGUAUGACAGCUGAACAAGAAGGUAUUAUUCAUGGUACAACUAUUACGGAUCUAUUUGAAACGAUGCGUAAACGAGAUAUGUUUAAAAUGGCUGAAAAAGGUACCAUUUGGUGGUUUGAAUACUAUUUCGACAGUAAAUCACCAGACAUAGUUAAUGAGAAUGGUGUUAAUUUAUUGUAUGUUGCAUGUCGUAAUGGUCAAACAUUAGUAGCAGAAUGGCUUUUAAAAAAAGGAGCAAAUGUUAAUAUUCAGCUUUUACAAGGUUCAAAAAGUACACCAUUACAUGGCGCUGUCUAUUACGGACAUAUUUCAACAGUUGAUUUGUUAUUGAGGCAUGGAGCUGAUAUAAAUAUAGUAAAUAGUCAUCGGGUUACUGCUUUUGACGAAGCAAGAACGGAUGAAAUGAAAAAACAUUUACAGCAAUAUCGGGCUAAUUUAAAAGGAAAUAAAUUUUUUUCUGUUGAUCUUUAUAGUGAUGGUACAAAGGCUGGUAAUAAACCGUUAGCAGAAUUAAAAUUUACUGGUAAUGCUACAUAUAACCAUCUUGUACAAGCAAUGCCUGAUACAAUACGGAAUGAAUAUCCGAAUUUUUCAAUCGCUCGACGUCCAUUAAAUUUUGAAAAAGAUGAUAUAACAGUUUUAUCAGCUGUAUACUGUGCUCGACAUGGAAACUCAAGAUUAUUCCAAUUACCCCUAUGUAUAACGGCUCAUGAAAGAGCGCGUUAUACACAUAGUGGUCAUGUUCUUCGUAAAGAACUUCCUAAUUAUUCUACGAAUGAUAUUGAUAAUGCAUUUCAUUCAAAAGGUCAAAGUUCAUCAAUGGAAAUUCGUAGUAAAGUGUUUAAAAAUCAAAUAUUUAAAUUUGGAGAUUUAUCAUUUACAUUUCCAAGUAAUUGUUCAGAUGACAACCUUACAAUUGAUAUUGAUUACAUAAAAUCACCCGGUUUUGAUGUUUUACAUUUUCAUGAAUGUGUCUGUCUUUUCAGGACAAGAUACCGUCAUGGACGAGGUUCUAAAUUGAAUGAUAUGCCAGUAGUUUCAUUCAAAGAUGAACCAAAUGCUAGACUUUAUAAUUGGGUACAACCAUCACCUUAUUGGGUUUCUUAUAGAACGGGCGACAGUCGUCUAAUUUCGAUUGGUGACACUCAUGCUUUUGUUCGUCAU